UGAUGGGCCAACUCAACGCCCGUCGGCGCUAUGACAAACAGCAGACUACUGUGUACAGACGAACCGACACCGACAUUGCAGUUGCAUAGUACAUGACAUUACAUCAGAAGCCAUAUUUGUUACGUAUAGUGUUACACAUCGGUACGCCUUCGUGAUGGCUGUCAAAGCCUCAAUCCUUGUCGCCAGUGCUAUUGCGACACUGGCACGGGCAGCGCAGCCCGGAGCUGCAUCUCCCAUCGCCGCGCCUAUGCGAGACCUCGUCUGGGGCAAGCUCAACUUCCUCCACACGACAGACACCCACGGCUGGCAUGGCGGUCAUCUUCAAGAAGCACAGUAUUCGGCGGACUGGGGUGAUUACAUAUCCUUUGCCGAACAUCUCCGCGAAGAAGCAGAUGGGCAGGGCGUUGAUCUGCUCCUUGUCGACACCGGCGAUCGCGUCGAAGGAAAUGGACUCUACGACGCCUCGAAUCCCAAGGGGAAAUACUACUAUGACAUAUACCGCGAGCAGGACGUUGACAUCAUAUGCACGGGGAACCACGAGCUGUAUCAUGCCUCGACUGCCGAUGGAGAACACCUGCGGACCGUCCCGAACUUCCAGGACAAGUACGUUGCGUCCAAUCUGGACUACAUCGACCCUAAGACGGGACUGCAGAUCCCCAUGGCGCAGCGGUACCGCAAGUUCCAGACCAAGAACCAGAAGCUGACUAUUGUCGCCAUGGGUUUUCUUUUCGACUUUACCGGAAAUGCCAAUAACACAGUGGUACAGCCCGUGAGGGAGACCAUCAAGGAGCAAUGGUUCCAGGACGCCAUCCGGGAGAACCCCGAUGUGUUUGUGGUGAUUGGUCACGUCGGCGUGAAGAUGCCCGAGUUCAAGGAGAUCUUUACAGCCAUUCGUAAGCAGAAUCGAUUAACGCCCAUCCUGUUCUUCGGCGGCCAUGUGCACGUGCGUGACGCGACGGCGUAUGACUCCAGAUCGUUCGCUAUCGCCAGCGGCCGUUACUUUGAAACGAUCGGCUGGAUGUCGGUGGACGGUGACCUGAAGAGGACAACCAAAGAUGUCGUCGCUGCUGCUGUCAAUGACGACGAGCCGCCUUCGACUGAGGCCGCGGAAUUCUCGUUCCACCGUAGGUACAUCGACAACAACCUACUGGGCCUCUACUAUCACACCGGGUUGAACAAGUCCACAUUUCCUACAGACCACGGCCGAAAUGUAUCACAAAUGAUCGCCCAGGCCCGCAAGGAUCUCGAUCUGGACUACACGUUCGGCUGUGCACCAAAGAACCUGUGGAUGACGAGGGCGCCCUAUCCCUCCGAGGACAGCAUCUACACGUGGCUCGAGAAGGAGGUUCUUCCAGAGAUCGCCAUCAACGACGACAGGAAAGAUGUCCCUCGUCUGGUUAUCAUGAACACCGGUGCCAUCCGCUUCGAUGUCUUCAAGGGCAAAUUUACCAGAGAUACAACGUAUAUCAUCUCGCCCUUCCUCAGCGUCCUCAACUACAUCCCCGACGUCCCUUACGAGGUUGCCAGUAAAGUUAUCGGCUUACUCAACAACGCUGGGCGGAUCAUGGAGGAGCAUGCUCCUAUGGAUGCUCGAUUUAUGGCCAUCCCGGAGCAGUUUGCCAUCACACAGGACAUUAUUCAUGAGAAGCCAAUGCCUUCCUUCGCGACUGAGGGUCUUGUGGACGGGCAAAAGCCCCUGUCGGGUGAUGGCGCCUCUAAGAAGGAGCCCGUUUUGAUCGAAGGCUAUACGACAAAGGAUGAUAUUGGUGACGAUGGCGAUGAUGCUAUCCACUCUGCCAUUAACUUCUAUGUCGUGCCUAACUGCAUCCAGGCCGAAGUUGGGUUCUCGCCCAAGGAGGAGGGCGAGAAGCCUGAAAAGGUUGAUCUCGUGUUCUUUGAUUUCAUUCAACCAUGGGUCAUGGUUGCGCUGAAGAUCUCCGGAGGCGACUACACUAAUGAUGAUGCCAAGAGAUAUGUCAAUGGGACCUUUACGGAAUUGAUGGCGGGCUGGAUUAAGGAGAACUGGCCUGCUAACUGUUAGGCACAACAGCCAUGUUGUUCAUAUAAUCUCGCUGGCACGGGAAACUGAAGGCACGGCGGCCUGAGACGGGGCUCGGUCAUGCGGUACGGGAUGUGUUACAUUGGCGUCUAUUUCUUGAUGACCUGGCUGGAUUGAGGGAUCAAAUAUGAAUUAUGAACGGGAUAAUGAUUUCAGACUGUAAAUAACAAUGGUAACAUAGCGAGUACUGUGCGCAAAACGAAUAUAAACCCAGCACUUGAGCUGAACCUGGUUGUCGAACCCGCCAAAG